CCGCCCACGACCUGCACGCCCAGCGGCAGACCCUCCUCGCCCAGACCCAGGGGACACUGGGUGACCGGCAGCCCGAGGAUAUUGAUUACACCUGCGGAUCGAGAGGAAGGGAUGAAAUGUUCGGAAAUAAAGAUAAGGUCGUACGGGUUGUUGGUGAUGCCUCUCAGGUGGUUGUGGGACUCGCACCACAUGCACAGCUCGCUGGUGUUGGUGACGCCCAGCGGGAUGGCCCCGGCUCUCUUCAGGAGGGCCACAGGUGGAGCGUCCACGAUGGACACGACUCUUCGCCUGCUGACCACACCUGUGGUGUUGGGCAUGCCUGCAAGACGGACAUGUGUCAACUGCGAUGAGGAUGAUGAAGAGUCAGAUGACGAGGAAGACUGGUUCUUUCUUGCCUGUCUUUAACCACAGCGUUCAGAAAGGGGUUGACUUCCUGGAUCCUGUCAAUACGUUGGAUAUUGACAGACACCAGGGAGAGAGCAAUCACUUCCAUAGGCUGCAGCACCAGUGAGGCAGCUCCGUGCGCACUGAGAGAGUCCACGAUCCAAUUGGUGGAACCAGCGAGGGGAGCCCCGGCCUUAACCACUGCAGGAGGAGCAGAGGAGACCGAGGGAGAGAGAGGACACCACAGGAGCAGCAGCAGGAGUAAUAGCAGCAGCAGGAGGAGGAGGAGGAGCAGCCUGCGCAGUUCAGAGAGGAAGCACUGGGCUCCGGUGGCAUGACGGACUUCACCCAAACUGCGCACUGACUCCGCAGGAUGCACCGCUGCAGCUGCGCGCUCCGGUAAAGACGCACAACUGCAGGAAUCCGACGCAAGAACUGACCCGACCAAAGCUGCGACAUCCCCCUUCCCAAACCCCCUGCUGAGCGCCGUGGCCUUGCCGCGGACAUGGGACAUGUAAACAGUAGCCGGGCUGGAUUUUAAACUACACGCACACAUCCCACGUCCUCCCCCGCCCCCUCCAUCUCCUCCCGGGCCGUCCCGAGAUGGAGUCGGAGACGCGGGUCGAGCCUCCGCAGCAGGAGGCAGCCGCGGAGCCGCCCAUGCACAGCGUCCACGGGACCAACCGGAUCCGGCCGUCCUCCUACCGGGCCCUGCGCAGCGCCGUGUCCAGCCUGGCCCGCAUCGACGACUUCAGCUGCGAGAAGAUCGGAGCGGGCUUCUUCUCCGAGGUGUUCAAGGUGCAGCAUCGUGUGUCAGGUCAGGUGAUGGCCCUGAAGAUGAACAUCCUGGCCAGCAACAGAGCCAACAUGCUCAGGGAGGUGCAGCUCAUGAACAGACUGUCUCACCCCAACAUACUCAGGUUUAUAGGAGUGUGUGUGCACGAGGGGCAGCUCCACGCUCUCACUGAGUACAUCAACGGGGGGAACUUGGAGCAGCUGUUGGGCAGCAACGUGUACCUGUCGUGGAGCGUGCGGCUCAGCCUGGCCCUGGACAUCGCCCGCGGGCUGCAGUAUCUGCACAGCAAGGGCAUCUUCCACAGGGACCUCACCUCCAAGAACUGCCUGGUGCGCUGGGAGAGCGGCGUGUGCUCGGCCGUGGUGGGAGACUUUGGCCUGGCGGAGAAAAUCCCAGAUUACAGUGAGGAUGAAGACCAGGAGCCCCUGGCCGUCGUCGGCUCCCCCUACUGGAUGGCCCCCGAGGUUCUCCGAGGAGAAGUGUACAAUGAGAAGGUGGACGUGUUUGCGUUCGGGAUCAUCCUGUGUGAGGUCAUCGCGAGGAUACAGGCCGACCCUGACAUCCUGCCACGCACCGAGGACUUUGGUCUGGACAUUGAGGCCUUUCAGCAGAUGGUGGGCGACUGUCCCUCAGAUUUCCUCGAACUGGCCGUUACCUGCUGUAAUAUGUCUUCAAAGCUCCGUCCGUCCUUUUCCCAAAUCGCAGAGGAGCUGGAGAGGAGACAGGCGGAGAGGAAGCAGAAGGACGAGGUCAAACCCGUCUCUCCAUCCAUUGGGCCCCUGCGGAGAUCCCUCAUCCGUCCAUCAGACCCUCGACUCUCCCGCAGUAAAUCAGACAUGCUCCACCCCCCGGACACGCCCCCCUCUGUCCAACUGGCGCCCCCCGCUCGCGUCAACCCCUUCUCUCAGAGGGAGGACCUGAAUGGCGGCAAGAUCAAGUUGUUCGACACGCCCAGCAAGUCGGUCAUCUCCCUGACCUUCACCCUGCCCCCUCCACCGGACUGCGACGACCCUUCAGCAUCCGAGACGGACGGCAGCAACCUGCGCAGGAGGCACAGGCGCUGCCACUCGCUGCCGUGCACGCCUCCCCCUCACCUCACGUCGGCGCCGAACACCAUCCUCACUGAGGAGGUGUCCCCGUCUGAGAGGAAAGGUGAAAUAACUGGACAGAGCUACGAGAUGGGGGAGCAAGGCGAGAUGCAGCUGGCAGGAGACUCAGGGCUUCCUCUGUCUCUCGAGCCGCUGUCCCUCGACCAAGAGGAUGAGGAGAAAGAGGAGGAAGAGGAGCCCAUGGACUGCACCAGCUCUCCGGACACACAAGACGAAAGCACUUCAUCUCCUUACUCCGAUCCCUCGCCUCCUCUCUCACACUCCUCCACUCCGCUCCAACCCUCCAGCCCUCCCUUCUCUAACGGCUGGGGGUCCGCCAUCUCCAACGGGCCCCCGUGCCUGCCUCCCCUCUCCUGUUUGGACAACAACAAUGUGGUCGUCAGCCGGCCGCUGGGAUGGAGCACCCCGACCCCAAAUGCCGCCACCACCACCAACAACAACGGCUACCACUCACCUGGAGACCCCGCCGGCUCGUCCCCGUUCGGCUCCAGCAGCGGCCACUCUCUGGACCAGGAGGAGGUCGUCUCCUGUCCCGGCUGCUGCCUCGCCGGCUUCCGCUUCCCCUCGCUCUGCCUCAGAGCUCCGCCGCGCAGGAACCCCUACAAGAACCUGAACGUGGACCACGCAGCCUCGCGCGGCCUGCUCAGUCCGGGACCCAAGGGUCUGCCGCCCUCCACUAACCCCACCACCACCACCACCCGCCUGGAGCCGGGCCUCGCCUUGCCGGGGGCGCAGACAUAAGCCCAGACUCCUCGACACCAAAUACACGAGUGGAGACUCUGCACCGAAAGAUCUUCCCUGGAAAUGAAGUGGCUCUUCUUCGAAUUUGCACAGAUUUGAACACAGCAAUACUCUGCUUCUCCUCCAGACACACUGUGCGGUGCAGAGCGUCCACCUCCUGGAACACUCCCGACCUGGAGAGUGGCUGAGUGGUGGGACAGGGAGCUUUCUCUCUUGACUUUCUCUUGUGUGUGUCGCCCUCUGCUGGGCUGAGGGCGUCAGCUGUGCCUGCGUGGAUGUGACCGACGAGCCGAUCCGCAUGUGAACACUCGGGGCCCCGGUCGAUUUCGAUCCUGUAUAUUUUGCAGAUGUUAAGAUUCUUAUGACUGAUGAUGAUGCUGGAAUGAGGAAUGUUAAGCUUAGUAUUAUUACUGUUGCAAUGAUUUAUUGAUGUUUGGUGCUGUUUCUGAAUGAACAGGCAGUUUUUGCUUUUGUGUCUUUAAUUAUCAAGGUGUAUAGUGCACUGCUGAGAUGUGAGUGUGUGUGUGAGUGUGUGUGUGUGUGUGUGUGAGUGUGAGUGAGAGCUGUACACCGUUCUGACUCUUUUGUUUUCUGUAUGAUCUGUGUCCUCCCUCCUGGUGAAGCACUUCAUCUGUAUUACUGUUGUUAAAAAGGAAGCUGUUGAUGUCGUCAUUACUUUUGGGAAUGAACGGUCAAAGACCUGCUUAAGAGAUGUAUGUAUUAUUAUUCAGAUUCUUAUUAUUUAAACCAUGGCAUUGAAUAAAAUGAGAGAAUGCAGUGAA